GGGCAGUGGUGGAGUAUGCAGUGUUGGGUGGCAGAAAGGUGCAGUAUCUGGGGUGUUGGGGUGCAGGGAUGCAGAGGGGUUCAGAACCAGGGGCGGACUGACAACUCAUGGGGUCCCCGGGCAAUAGGGGAUCAUGGGGCCCCUGUGUCCUUGCCCACACUCAAAAAAAGCCUAUAAAAGGUACCAGGGGCAUUUCAUGGGGCCCCCUACUGACCCCGGGCCCUCAGGCAGUGUCUGAGUUCUCCAAUGGUCAGUCCGCCCCUGG